UAGUCCCGCCUGCAGCAGAAGUAGCACUUCACGUCAGUGGUUCGAGGAGGACGGAGUCAGCAAUAAGAAAAUGAGUGGAUACGUUAUAACCUAUUUCCCACUAAGGGCUAGAGCCGAGCCCAUACGUCUGCUUCUUGGUGAUCAAGGAUCUUCAUGGACAGAGGAUGAGGUGCCAUUGGCAGACUGGUUUUCAGGAAAAAUUGACCUUAAGAAACAGGCGGUUUUUGGUCAGCUGCCACAGUUUAAAGAUGGAGAUUUUGUUCUGUAUCAAAGCAAUAGCAUUCUGAGAUAUCUUGGACGUAAAUAUGGUAUUUCUGGGAGCAGUAACGAAGAGAGUGCACUCAUUGACAUGGUGAAUGAUGGUGUGGAGGACCUAAGACUGAAGUUCAGCCGUAUGUUCUUCUAUGAGUUUGAGACGGGUAAAGAGAAGUAUGAAAAUGAGCUUCCCAACCAAUUGGCAGCAUUCGAGAGGAUUCUUUCCCGGAAUUCUAAUGGAACCAAAUAUCUGGUUGGAGAUAAGAUCUCCUAUGCGGAUUACAACUUCCUGGACCUCAUGCAGUCACACCUUGAAGUAUUCCCAGCAUGCUUUUCAUCAUAUCCCCUCAUUAAUGCAUAUAUUGAUCGCAUCACUUCCCGUCCUAAACUAAGCGAAUACCUGAAAUCUGACGCUCGAAACAACCGACCUAGUAAAUAAGGAAAAAAAUAAGGGGAUAGUAAAUAUUUGCAACCAGUAGUCCCUCAGUCACAGCCCCUAAAUAUUCUAUAGAAAUCCCCAGUCUAGUCGCUACUCUAACCCUGGGUUCACACCUGAGCGUUCCUCAAACGCGCGUUUUACGCGCGUUUUUGUCGCGCGUUUUUUGUAAUAGUAAACGCGCGUUUGUGUCAUUGACUGCAGUGUCCUAUGGCCACAAA